UAUUCCUAAAUCUAAAUGGAAUUAGUUGAGCCUGAAGCCGUUUGUGAAAGGAACAGACAUGGUACAUGGGCACAGCUUCCAUCACGUAGUUGCAAGUCUUCUCAUACUUGGGUUGUCUGGGGCAACAAAGAAGGAUACAGCAGCAAAGAACAAUUCUGGAGUGAAGCCUGCAGGUCAAUGUGGAACUUGGGUGAAAGAACCAGACGGAGGGAUCUUCACUUCUCCCAACUACCCGAACAAGUACCCCCCAGACACCGAGUGUGUUUACAUCCUUGAAGCACCCCCGAGGCAGUGUAUCGAUCUGCAUUUUGAGGAGAAUUACUCCAUCGAGUCCUCUUGGGAAUGUAAAUUUGACAACAUCGAGGUUCGGGAUGGACCCUUUGGCUUCUCCCCAAUACUCGGACGCUACUGCGGUCAGAACAGCCCGCCCGACAUCAGGAGUAGCGGCCGAUAUCUGUGGAUAAAAUUUGUUACCGAUGGAGAACUGGAAGCGGUGGGAUUUUCAGCAAGUUACAACUUCACUCCAGAUCCGGACUUUGCAGACUUGGGAGUUCCCCCACCUCUGCCCUCCUGUCAAUAUGACAUGGUCGGUCCAGAAGGUAUCGUGGAGUCUCAUCAGAUCACCAGAGACGGGAAGGCUGGCCCUACCGAGGCCGUCGACUGCAAAUGGUACAUCCGUGCUCCGCCACGCUCCAAGAUCUACCUGCGUUUCCUCGACUAUGAGAUGGCCAAUUCCAACGAGUGCAAGCGCAACUUUGUGGCAGUGUACGAUGGCGGCAGCUCGGUGGAAGACCUCAAGAGCAAGUACUGCUCCACGGUGGCCAACGACAUCAUGCUGGUUUCCACGCUGGGCGUCAUCCGCAUGUGGGCGGACGAGAACAGCCGCAAGAGUCGCUUCCGCAUCCUUUUCACAACCUACCAAGAACCUCCUUGUGAUGCUGAUGCCUUCUUCUGUCACAGCAACAUGUGCAUAAACAGCACACUGGUGUGUAACGGCAUGCAGAACUGUGUCUACCCCUGGGAUGAGAACCAGUGUAAAGAGAAAAGGAAAGCCAACAUCCUCGACAACCUGAACAACACAAACGGGACCAUCAUCGGUGUCACCUGCUGCAUCGUCCUCAUCCUCCUCAUCGUCUCCGUCAUCGUCCAGAUCAAGCAGCCACGUAAGAAGUACAUCCUGCGGCGUGAGGACUUUGACCCCACCAUGUUCCAGGAGGUGUUUGAGCCGCCUCACUACGAGCUGUGUACAUUACGGAGUGCCACCGCAGCCGCAGCGGCAUCGGCAGACUUAGUCGACCUGGCGGAGGACUUUGAGAACUACCACGCCCUUCGCCGUGCCUCCUCACGCUGCAUCCACGACCACCACUGUGGGUCCGCCUCCAACCCCGGCUCCGCCCACUUAUCCCAGCUGUCACUGAGCGGACGAGGAAGCCGCGGGAACUUGAGCGGCCGAGACGGAGGCACCCUGCUCACGGACCUUCCACAGCCGCCCAUGUCAGUGCGGCCAUUGCUGCCGGCCACGUCAAACCGCAGGAGCAUCUUGGUCAUGAAGCACAGCUACUCACAGGAGGCGGCGGACAAUGGAUGUGACCUGGACGACGACAUGGAAGAAGUUCCCACCACCAGCCACCGGCUUUCACGCCACGAAAAGGCAGUACAGCGACUUCUUGAGAAUAGUGAGAUCCUGGAUCAAUACGAACGGGCGUCACUGACAUAUGAAAGAGCGGAGCGGAGAUUUACACCAGCAUGA